AUGGUAGUGAAGAGUAAAGUGGUGUUUGAGCAUGUAGAGGAUCUUACGAACAUUUUUGGAAUACUGAGAAAGCAUAAGCUACGUCUGAAUGCUUCAAAGUGUUCCUUUGGUGUAGGCUCCAGGAGGUUCUUGGGGUAUAUGGUGACUCAUAGAGGAAUUGAAGUAAACCCAGAUCAGAUUAAGGCCAUCAACGAUUUACAAGCACCUCGGAAUCCAAAAGAGGUGCAGAAACUGACUGGAAUGACUGUUACUUUGAACCGAUUUAUCUCCAGGUCGGUCAAGAGGUGUCGUCCCUUUUUCCUUCUACUGUAUAAGUGGAAAGGAUUUGAAUGGACCAAGGAGUGUGCUGUGGCGUUUCAGCAGUUGAAAGAGUACCUAUCCAGGCCGCCAAUCAUGUCUAGUCCUGAGGUGGAUGAGGUGCUGUUUGCUUAUCUGGCAGUUGCCCCUCAUGUAGUUAGUUUUGUCUUAAUACAAGAGGACAGCGGCGUCCAAAGACCAGUUUAUUACGUAAGUAAGUCUCUUCAUGAAGCCAAGGUGAGAUACUUAUCAUUGGAAAAGGCCAUCUUGGCGGUGGUCCAUGCAACACGCAAACUUCCACAUUACUUUCAGGCUCAUACUGUGGUUGUCUUAACCCAGUUACCUCUCAAGUCCAUACUUAGAAGUGCUGAUUACACUGGGAGAAUUGCUAAGUGGGGCACAAUCCUAGGUGCUUUCGACAUCAAGUAUAUGCCUCGCACCCCUAUGAAAGGCCAAGUCCUUGUCGAUCUGGUAGCUGAGUUCGCCGAGUGUCCAGAAGAAGCUAACAUGAAGCAAAGUGACAUGGAUGAAAAGUCGGUUGGUCUGAUAUCCACACAAGGCGGUUCCUCCUGGAGGGUAUAUGUGGACGGAGCAGUAAACCAACGGGGGGCAGGAGUAGGGCUAGUUUUGAUAUCCCCUGAAGAGAUCAUCAUUGAGAAAUCCUUGAGGUUGGGAUUCUUGGCUAUUAACAACGAAGCAGAAUACGAAGUUUUGUUGAUGGGAAUAAGUAUGGUCCAGAAAAUGGGUGGAAAGGUAGUAGAAUUAUUCUCGGAUUCAAGAUUGGUAGUCGGCCAAGGGAAAGGAGAACUGAAAGCCCGAGAUCCAAGAAUGCAGGGGUAUUUGAGUCAAGUUAGGCGUAUGCAAACGAAAUUUGAGUCUUUCGACUUGUCGCAUAUCCCCCAAGGUGAGAAUAUCCACGCCGAUUCCCUGGCAACCCUUGCCACCUCUUCAACACGGAGUUUUCCUCGAGUGAUAAUCGUAAAAGAUUUGUAUACCCCCACCCUACCAGAAAAGGACGUUUUUCAGGUUCAUCAAGUCGGUCUAGCGCUGAGCUGGAUGGAUCCCAUAUUGAAAUUCCUCGAGAGGGACAUCUUGCCCGAAGCGAAAAUAGAAGCUGAGAAAAUACGGAGGAAAGCUCCUCGGUUUUGGUUAUCCGAAGACAAAAAGUUAUACAAACGGUCCUUUUCUGGGCCGUACCUACUUUGUGUACAUCCCGAGAUGUCAGAGUCACUCCUAGAGGAGCUGUAUGAAGCUGAGACCGUUAGCAGUAGGACAUCUGGUGUUGAGGAAAGUUCUGGGAACCACCAAGAAUCCAGCUUAGGGAAAAUUGGGGUCUAA